AUGGUGAGAAAAAUAAAUUUUAGAAAAUACAAGUAAAUAUUAAAAUAAUUAUUGGCCUUAUAUACUUCCUUUAACAUGCAGCAUUCUGUUAUUCUUAAAAUAAAAAUAAAACAACAGGCACUCCGUAAAUUAUUAACAUUUUCGUGCGUUUAAUUCAACUAGUAGUUUACAGCAAUAUGAGCGCGCAAAAUGCCACGUUUUGAAAAAGCCAACUAUUCAUAAGCUCGCUGCUCGUAACUGCUGCUGCUGAACAGCGAGCUUUUCGAUUGUGAAAAUUCUAGUGUAAAGGUUUUUCUAAAAUUUUCAUUGCUUUUUCUCAAAGGAUGUGAAGAAAACUGGAUACAAAGCAGACCUUAGGGUGACAGAUGGCAUGGACCUAAGAAAUCAACUAAGACUCGUGCCCACAGAAGCCGCGAAGAUCAAAAAGUAUCGCAAAUGUACGGUUUGUCGAUAUUAUAUUAUUCACAAUAUAUCAACUAGAUUUCCAUUUAGUUUUAUGUAAUUUACAUUGCUCAUUAACAAUCUAAUUGCAAUUAGUAAAAUAACAGUCAGUGUUUUGUAACGUGAAUUAAUAAUAUGUUCUCGUUUUAUGGUGGUUUACGUGAUAUUGAAUGUACUCGUUACUCGUUACUUGUACUCGGACAUGUUGUGAUAUCCCAAGAUGUAUACGUGCCAACCAUCAUGGAACCAUCGACAGAAUGA